AUGUUUCGAAGGCAUUUUCUUCGUUACUUAUCAACAAAUAGUGGGCCUAAAAAUCAAAAACCACUAAAUGUUGCUGAUAAAUUAGAAAAAAAAUUUGACAAAGUCUCAGGAAAGCGUACCAAAAUACAGGGUUGGGUUAAGGUGAUAAGAAAAAUGAAGGACAAAGUAUUUCUAGAAGUCAACAACGGAAUGACGUUUGAGCAUGUCCAGGUUGUGGCUAAAAAGACUGACAUCCCGACAAAUUUAAGUUACGACUGUUCAGUAUUUGCUGCGGGUGAAGUCGCGUACGCACCAAAUGGUAGAUAUGAAAUACGCGCCGAUGAAGUAAGAAUCCUCGGGUCGUGUGAAGUAGACGGGAGUUAUCCACUAUCCUUUAAAAAAGAUUAUAUACUCGAUGAUCUACGUCAAAUUUUACACCUGAGACCUAGAACCGCUCAAUUUUCUAGUUUACUUAGAUUGAGAAGUAUAGCCUCACUGGCAAUCAGUAAACACAUGAACGAACGGGGGUUUAUAAAUAUUCACACGCCUAUUUUAACCUCCAAUGACUGCGAGGGUGCUGGUGAAGUAUUUUCGGUGGUUCCAGAGUCUCGUAAGAUGCUUGACACGAUGAAGAAAAGUAAAGACCAGUCGGUAGAAACACUAUCAAAGGUCUACACAUUUGGCCCAACAUUUAGAGCCGAAAAUUCAAAAUCAAGAAUGCAUUUAUCGGAAUUUUACAUGAUAGAAGCUGAAGAAGCUUUUGUCACGGACAUCAGAAUGCUAACAACUGAAUCAGAGUUAUUAUUUAAAGCAAUUACCCGUGCUCUGGUAGAAAAAGGAGCUUCAGACAUGCAUGCAAUAAAAGCCGAAACACCCAAAUGGCUUGACAAAGACUUUAGGUACAUGACUUACGACGACGCGAUUAAUAUCCUCGAUAAACAUGCAGAUAAGCUUUCAAUACCAGCUAAGCGGGGUCAAGCUCUGUCCAAAGAGCAUGAAUUAUUUCUAGUUGAUUACAAUGACGGGAUUCCGACGUUCGUUAUCAACUGGCCGAAAGAAAUUAAGCCCUUUUAUAUGAAAGAAUGCUCUCAUGAUUCAUCAAAGGUUGCUGCUAUGGAUCUACUGGCGCCAGUAGUAGGUGAAGUUUUCGGUGGGAGUCUCAGAGAAGACAAUUAUGAGCUACUGAAACAAAAAAUACCUCCCAAGGCAAAUCUUGAGUGGUAUUUAGAUCUAAGAAGAUAUGGAAAUGUCCCAACAGGCGGAUUCGGGAUGGGAUACGAGAGAUUUCUUCAAACAGUACUUGGGAUUCCGAACAUCAGAGAUGUGAUUCCUUUUCCUAGAUGGCCACACAACUGCAGUCUAUGA